AUGCCUGAGGGUGGAGAGGCAGCCGGGGUCCGCGGGCUUGCGAUGGACGCGCGGCCGGCGGAGCCCGCCGCCAUUGGGGUUGUGCAGGCGAUGCAGCGUUGCCUCGUUUUUUGCAGGCCCGCGGAGGCGCCAUUUUCCACAGCCGUCUUUUGCAAUCCGGAAGGGGCGGUGAAGGACGUGAGGCGGCAGCUGCAGAACGGAGGGGGCGCCCCGGAUGGCCUUUGCGUGUGGGUGGACAUGCAGGGAUGCACCGAGGAGCAGCACCGGAACAUGCUCCAGCUGCUCUUCCCAGGCAUGGAGGCGGGCCAGCUGGAAGGGGUGCUGAGCCCGGACACGCACGACACGGUGGAGCUGCGGCCGGGGAAGUGGGAGUGCCUCAUUGGCGGCAUCGCGUGUUCGCCCAGCCGUGUUCCCUCCCUCUCCGCCCCCGCCGCAUCGGAUCCCGAGGAAAAUACAGUCCUGUGCUCCUUUGCAUGCGGCGACCGCUUUCUGCUGACGAUGCAUGCGGCCCCGUUUGUCGGUCUGGCGGAGCUGCUGCGGCACGUCGAGGUGGAGGGGGGACUUGGGCAGCGCGGGGACAAGGCUGCGCCCGCCGGCGCCCCGUUGCUGGAGGUGCAAACCUCCGGCGCUUCGGCCUCACUGCAGAGGCGCACCACAAGCGCCGGUAUUCUAUCUUUGCUGGUGUGCUUCGCCUGCGAGGCGUUCCUUCCUGACCCCACCUCCUUGCUUACCGAGGUGGGCAGCAUUGACGAAAUGGUGCUCCUCAUUGCCCCCGGCAAACAGGACCAGACGGAUCUGCUUCGCCGCGUGGCGCUCUUGCGCCGUCGCAUCGCCGACUUCCGCAUGGGACUGUACUUCAAGGAAAAGCUUCUGCAGGAGCUCAUUGCGCCAACCAUGCGUUCGUCUUUUGUGGCGAAGGAGUCAAACACGGUGCAGGCCUACAAGGAGGCGCUGAACAAGGUGGGGCAGGUGUCGGGGCGGCUCGAUGACGCCCGUGACAUGCUGAACCAAGCCAACUUGAAUUUCGUCUCUGGUAUCUCCAUGCGAAUGUUGCAGGGAUCGGCUGUUCUUGACUUCAAGAUGACCAUACUGAACCAGGUGGCAGCUGUUUUUCUCCCCAUCCACCUUGUUAUUUCGCUGUUCGGCAUGAACUGCAUGGUGCCAUUUCACAAGGACGCAUACCCUACACUCACCGCCUUCUGGGUCAUCUGUGCCGGGUUUGCUUUGUGGUUUCUCUUGUUUAUGGCCCCGCUGUUUGUCGAUACCAUUCGCGGACUCAGAUCACCACCCGUUGCGCCAUAUUCGUGA